CAUUUUUCCACGUGGACAAAAUGAGCAUGUCCGGCCAUGCGCACGCGGCGCGGGAUUCGUAUGCGUCUCAGGCAGCGAAAUGGAAGAACACGACGGAUUCGCCAUGGAAGUCGGGCGGCACGUCGUCCACUGCAUCUAGCUCUAUCUCGGAACUCGUGCUCAUCUCGGAGCUGUGUUCGUCGGUCGGCCAAACGUCAUUCCCACCGCGGGAUGCACUCAACACGUUCCUGCGCCACAUCCACACGCUCGAUCACACGUACGUCUGUGAAUUGCUGGAAUUCAAGCUGGAAGAUUCGUUGUGGCAAGUUGUCGCGCGCGCGUUGGCCGUGCUGGACGCGCUCUUUACCACGGCGGCUGCAACCGCGUACCUCGACUACUUUUCCGCGCGCAAGGGUCUGAUCGAUCACUUGACGCGACAUGCCAAGCAAACGGUCAAGUCCAGGGCCGAGAAGGUCUACAUUGCGCUUGACACACAUGUACCCACACCGACCGAGGACGACGUAGCCGCCUUCAACGAGGCCAGGUAUGACGACCACCCGCCGCCGCCACCGUAUCACUGGGCGACGCCGCCAUCGUCUCAUCGUCAAAGCAGCCUUUCGUCUGAAAUGCGCAGCCGCAGCAGAAGCAGCAGCUCUAACGUCCUGCAUAUGAACCCAUCGCCACGAGUCUCGCACCAGCAUCCAAUGACCUCGGAACGAGCGUCCAUACCUACUUCACCAAGCCAGGACCGUAAUUCCUUUCCAUCUCCCCGCCACACUCCGUCGACGUUCUGCCCGCCUACACAAGUCGACCUCUUGCUCGGCUCGCCCAUCCACUCCCACCAGCAACCACCAUGUCCACCUUCAUCUCUCUUUGCAUCAUUGACAGUCACACCUUCCUCGCGUACUUGCUACGAGUCCACAACCUCCGCGGCCCCGUCUGCCUUCUCGUUCCUGUCUGCCCCAUCCUCAGCAUCGCCUUCCUGGGCACCGCCAUUCCACUCGUCUUUUAGCUUGCCGAAUACAGCACCACCACCAUCCUCCCCCUCCCAUCAACAGAGUGAGGCGUGGCCGACGCAGGGACCGCCGCCGUCUUCUUCGAUGGGGUUUCUCACGCCACCGCCGUCGCCCCCGUCCAACACAUCCUCGUCGUCGUCGUCGUCGGCAUCCCAGUGUUCGACUGCUACGUCGGCCUUCUCGUUUCUCCAACGAUCAUCCCCAGCGCAUCUGACUCAAACCCAGGCUUCCGCUACGUAUGCAGUGCCCCCGAACCCCCCGUCUAUAUCGGGGUUUUCAUUUCUGUCUGGCCCGACCUCCAUGUCCCCCAAGCACCUUCCGACAUCCACGUCGGACCGCAUCCACGAUGCGUUUGCCGAUCUCACCUGUGACACUGUCGUACAUGACGACGAUACAUUUGCGUAUAACGACGCCGACGGCAGUUUGCAGUCGGACUCGCGCAGCGCCACGUCGGACGACGAGUACCCCCCCCAGCCCCCUCCCCCCAUAUCCGCUCGAGAAGAAUUCGACACGCUCAAGAAGGCGGGGCUGGCGCGCGAAGUGAUUUUGGAGGUCGAACUGCCUGCGGGGCCGAUGGGGAUCAUCCUGGACCGGACGUCGCCGGAUGCGGCCAUCCUAGCGCAGUACGCGCCCCUUCCCACGGGUGGCAAAGGGUUCGUGGAGCUGCACCCGGCCAUCGUCCCCGGCUGCCUCCUCGUAGCCCUCAAUGGCAACUCGAUCGAGCACUUGGCGCUGCCAGAGCUCGGGCCCGUCCUCGCGGCCGCCACGACCUACCGCCGCGUGCUCACGUUCAAAAAGUUCAUGGUCGGAUCUCGCGUCAUGCACCCGACUAAGCUUGGAACGGUAUACGUUCCCCCUCAAGACAUAAUUCAUCACACAUCGCCUUCGAAAACAGAAGCAUCAUCGCCGUCGUCGUCAGCGUCGUCCGGCCCUCCAGCCGCCGCGUCAUUAUCCGGACACAACCCCCCCCCUCAAGGAACGACCGGUCGCGUGGUUCCCACUACGGCCAACCAAUAUGCGACGACGUCCGCGUUUAGUUUUAUGCAAACGUCUCCAGUAACGCCCCCACCACAGUACGAGCCAGUAGAUGACCCUGUGACAACGUCGGCGUUUGGGUUUAUGAAGGCGGCGCCACGAGCUCAUCCCCACGGACAAAUACCUCCAUCGUCGUCGGGCUCUGCGUUUUCAUUCAUGUGAUACAGUCACACGAGUGUAUGUAUGCCCACCAACUAACUCCGGAGUAGUAUAUUGAUAUUGAUAUUACGCUGU